UUGUUCAGUCCGCCAGAGUGCCUUUCUCAGGGUAACACGCAUUUGGAUUUUGACGUGUGACAGUGUAGAGCUGCAACCAAAUCUGGGUGCAGAUUGAUGGUGUAUCGAAAUAAAGACGGUCGGUAAUGAAACAGUGAUUAAAAUGGCUGAAAGCAAAAGUGCGUUAAUCGCAAAAUCAGUGCAAAAACAUGCCGGACGGGCGAAGGAAAAGCUCCUUCAGAACCUGGGCAAAGUAGACCGGACGCUCGACGACAUCUUCGAAGAGCACCUCCAGAAUUUCAACAGGCAGCACCAGCAGGCCACGAGGCUGCAGAAAGAGUUCAACAACUACAUAAGAUGUAUACGAGCCGUCCAGACCGCAUCAAAGUCUCUAAUGGAGGCCAUCACUGAAGUGUACGAGAGCGGCUGGUCGGGCCACGACCUGCUGUACGUGCAAGCGCAGAGCAUGGAGAUGCUCUGGCAGGACUUCUCGCACAAGCUGGGCGACCAGGUGCUCAUCCCGCUCAACACCUACACCAACCAAUUCCCCGAAGUCAGGAAAAAAGUAGAGAAGCGUGGCCGCAAGCUGGUAGAUUACGACAGCCAGCGACAUAGCUUCCAGAAUCUUCAGGCCAACGCUGCCAAGAGAAGGGACGAUGUCAAGAUCACAAAAGGCCGCGAACAACUAGAGGAGGCGAAACGCACAUACGAGGUCCUCAACUCGGAGCUCCACGACGAACUGCCGGCGCUAUACGAUUCACGGGUCCUCUUCUACGUCAACAACCUGCAGACGCUGUUCAGCGCUGAGCAGCUCUUCCACAACGAGAGCUCUAAGGUGUUCGCCGAGCUAGAAGCGAUAACCGACAAGCUCGCCAACGAGUGCCAGCGCGGCUCGUACACGAAGAAAUCCAUCGCCAACAACAUCUCGCCAAUCUCCUCGCCCAAGACCAACACGCUCAACUCGAUCAACGGCAACGCUGCUUCGCCCACCAACACCGUACAAACGCCCCCCUCCCCCGCGCUCAACGGCGACUCCCCGCCGCCCGCGCCCGCGCGCCACGUGAGCGAGGAGCGCGACCGCUCCCCCGUCUCGCUCGCCGAGCCCGCUCCCCCCGCCGCCACCCCCGCCCCGGCCACGCCCAACGACGACGCGCCCACCAAUAACAACGAGGACAAGAAACUGGAGGAACUGUACGAUAUACCCGUUGGGACGCCGGUACCGCCCGAGAAGUUGAAUAAUAACGGCGAGGGAAAGAAACAAGUAGACGUAGAACAGAGUGUCAAAGAAAAGGACAAAGAGAAUGACAGUCCGAAGACGGACGAAGUGUACGACAUACCCGUUGGGGCGACGCUGGCCGGUCUGCCGGCGGGCGUGCUGUACCGCGUGCGCGCCACGUACCGCUACACGCGCGAGGACAGCGACGAGCUCAGCUUCGACGUCGGCGACACCAUUCGCGUCGUCGAGUACGAUGACCCCGAGGAGCAGGAGGAAGGCUGGCUAAUGGGCAUCAAGGAGGGAACGAACGAGAAAGGCAUGUUCCCGGCUAACUUCACGCGGCCCAUAUGAGGCGCUUGAGUAUGGCCUGCACCCUCGAGUUAGGUUUGACUUGCGUAUAGAUUACCAUUUGACCGCCAUCCAGACUUACGCCAAAAGUUAUGUUCAGUAGGAUAAAUCGUUCACGUUUUGGCUCAAGUCACUUAGUACCCUUACCUUACUUGCAAUACAAAUACAAAGUCAUGUCAUUAUGCGUGCAUAAUCAUGUCAAAUAAUGCGAAAAUCUCAGUACUCCGAACGCUUAGUUCAAAGUUCAAGUUGAUCAAUUAUAUUGACCAUUCAGGUUAAAUAACUAGGUUAAAUACUGAUUUUUCAGUAAUGUCACAGUCAGUCAAAAUCAAAUUCGUCACGUGGCGGUCAAACGGUUUCAAGUGUAUUGCGCAUUCUAAUUAUUGUUUCUUGUUGGGGAUGUGUUUUCACCCCUUGUUUAUAGUUGAUUUUUUUUAAGUUGACCGUUUAGAACUAGCUCUCAUAGUCUUAAACGGUCAGCUUAAAAGAAAUCAUCUAUACUCAAAAGUAAUUUGCCUCGACGGAGAUACGAGUUGAGAAUUCAGUCCUUUUAAAGGUUGUUUCCACGGUUGAAAGUACAUACACCAUUAAAAAUUGCCAAGUCAAUCUGCGUUGAAAUAUCAUCAAUCAUAUAUCACAUUGAUUGAGCUUAUAGGAAAACUCAAUACUUAUAUCCUUUAAGUUGGCAACUUUCUAUAUAAAUAGUUGAAUGCCCAUUACACUUUGUAUAUCAAUUUAGUUAAAGUUGUUAAAUGUUUAUAGAUAUCUAUUAUUUAUUAUGUUACAACGAAUAUUGAAUUUGAUUUUAUUAUCCCUUUUAUAACAGCUUCUAUAGGAUUUUUUUGUAUAUAAAUUUGAUGUAGAUCAUGAUUUUAGUCACUAUCAGUAUGGUGUAGGGUUAAAACAUUUUAAUUGUAUUACUAUGGACAUUAUUAAUUUAUUUUAUAGACCCUGUUUGACAAUAAUUGAAGCUCGAAAUGAUGAUUUUGCUCAUUUGUAAAGUAAUGGAUUCAAAAGAAGUGACCUUAAGUGUAAUAUAUUCGACAUUUUAACUUUUUAAACGAACAAAUAAAUCUUAUGCUUUUAUUUACAAUAUACCUACCUACCGUAUAUUUUAUUGUUAAGGUUGCAUAGCACAUUAAUCAAAAUUCCACAACAUGCCCAUUGUUUUUUUUUUAUUGAAUUAUUUUUACAUAUUUUACAUUUCCAUUACACAUUGCAUUUCAUGAUUUAUGGUCUAAAGUGGCUUGAUUGCAUUUCAAAUAAAAAUGUUCGUUACGAAGUCUAUAGUGUUAGUGGUCACACCGAAGAGUCCCGAGUCGAGUGAAUGUAACUUCAUGUAAUCAUAUAAAUUCAGUAUAAGUGUUAAUGUAUAUAAACUUAAUUUAGUUUUUUUUUGUUGACCCGUUUAUUUUAUUGUUAAUAAUUAUAACAUAGUUAGUAAUUUAUUCGAAUAUGUCAUUUUAUAUAUAGACAGAAACUCCGUAAUGUUUUCUAAAUAGGUUUUACUUUUUGUUAAAAUUAACAUUAUUAGUGAACUGAGUACUAACUUGUUAUGUUAAGGGAGCUUUUCAUUAACAGUGUUUAACAUUUUCCGAUCAAAAGACUAUAGUCUAUCAAGCCAUUUCAGACAGUAGAAAAAAGCGGCAAAUUUAAAAAAUGUAGAAAUAUAAAUUUCAAUUUCGCGCCUUUUUCUACUGACAACGUUGUUUGACAGAGAAUACAUUCGAGAUUCGAAUGCCAUUACAUCCAUCACUACUACUCCACCUAUAAAACUGUACUUUUUGGGUAGUGGCUAAAUAGUCUUUUAAUUCGGUACUACUUUAAGUAAAAGUGUUCUAGAUAGAUGUAACUUCCCAGAAAGAAAGAUAUUAAAACUCAAGUGUCAAAAAAUGGUGCUUUAUAUGCACAUAAGUAUUUAUAUAUCGCGUUGCAGUGGUAUGUUAUCUUUACACGGGUCUAAUAACGCCCCCGUCGUGUAAAAUAUUGAAUGUUGCGGAAAACUAGAGCUAUAAAAGAUCUUGUACCAAAUUCUGCCUUCAAAACCCGUAGGUUUUUAUAAAUUUAAAUCAAGAAUCAAUAUUUCUUAUACAAUUUUUAUUAGAAAUUGAAUGAAUGUUUGCAAAAGUUUGUCUAUGUGUGAACAGGGCUAUUUAUAAAACUGAAUAUGGAAAUUCGAAGUCUUACUGUCUGUUUUGCUCGAAUAUUGCAAGACCGACGGAGAUUAUCGAAUUUCGAUGUUCGCGGUAGCCGAAGGCCGGAUUGUGUAACGCCUUUAUGAACCAUAGAAAAUAAUUUUUAAAUAACCCACAGACUUUGAGAAACUUUUUAGACAUUAUGGUCUAUUUUUAUUAUAAUGUAGUCUGUGAAAGUGAUCGGCAAGCAUAGAGUACAUCCGGUACGCAAAUGCGAGUUGUGACUUCGUCAGCAGUGCCAUGCGAAAGGUCCAUAUAGGUGUUAAUAUAAGUUUGUUAGGACUUGUACAGUUUUUACAACUGCAAAUAAAAUGUUUCUCACA